AUGGCGUCCUCUGGGACUCUCGGUCUGGGGUUGGCCCAAGCAAUUGGCACUUCCGGUGCAGCGUGGUUAUCAGGCAACAUCAUUGCUCUCAGUAUCAUUACCACAUCAGCUCUUUUACAAUCGCAUCGUGAAGAUAAUGUCUCUCUGGCGAUCCUCGCCAAGCAGUGGCGAAACAUGUAUGCCAAGGGCAAGGCCCAAAACCCUCCCAUCGCGGUGGCCGUCGCGGCCGCGUUCGUCUAUCUCGCUUGGUCUGCACCAUCAGGGAAACCUGUCUCCAGCCACGCGGCGCUUUCGCGCUCGGGUCUUUUCUCGGCCGCGGCGGCGAUGACGCUGGGCAUUGUGCCUUUUACCUUCGCCGCAAUGGCGGGUACCAACAACAGCCUACAGCGCCAAGCCCAGUCUGCGGUGGAAACGUCUCAGACGGAGACGAUGGGGUUGCUUGAAAGGUGGUCUACUCUCAAUCUGAUUCGAGGUUGUUUUCCCCUUGCUGGGGCGGUUCUGGGACUGAUGGCUUCAUUGAUGGAGUAA